ACAAGUCGAGGCAGCAGUGAAGGUGUGGCGGCAGCAGAGUCCUGAGGAGGAGGAGGAGGCCCCACGGAGCCACUCGUGUCGCGGGUGGAAACUUUGCUCAGCUUCUCCUGAUGUCAAUCUUCAGUCUGUCAGUCCUCAUCUGACACCGUGUGUGUGUGUGUGUGUGUGUGUGAGGGGGGGGGGGCUCAGAGGUGUGAGUCGGUGCGGCUGGAGGAGCCCUGAACAAGUCUGGAGACAGGAGGAGGAGCAGGUUGGAUUUCCCCGUCUUUGUAAACCUGAACUCGGCGCUGCAAGAUCCGGAACCCUCAGAUCCCUCAGAUCCCUCAGGGCCCUCAGGUCAUGUUUGUGUCGCUCGAGAGAUCUGCAGGAACCCACCGAGCUGUCAUGGAGAGAGUUUGAACCCUGCAGCAGCGGCAGGUUUUCACAGCACUUCCUUUUCCAACCCUACUCCAUCACUCAGACCGCUACCAUGCGCAGAUUCAGCUCUGAGGGAUCCCUCCUGGAUCUCGACUUCCUCCCAUGGAAAAGGGUGGCACUGAACAGCCCACAUUAUGGGAGGAGCCAGGACCCCGGCACCUACACACCUCACUUGACAGACGAUGAGCUGGGUGGGCGCUCACCCGUCCUGACUCCCACUAUCCUGGAGCCGGGAGCGAGUCCCGGCCAGGCGGGGAAGAGGGAGCUGACCAAGGAGCAGAGCAUCAGUGUGGAGAACCUGAGCGAGCUGCAGAAACAGGACAAGAACUACCUGGGAGUGUGUGUGAUCAACGAAGGCUGCAGGGCCUACAGUGACAGCCAGCUGGCCCCGGGCCCCCAGGGCAGCACGGAGAGCAUGGAGAGAGACGAUCUGCCCUCCCCGCCUACUCCCUCCUCCUCCAACCCUUUCUCCUCCAAGUACCAGCACAGACACCACCAUAGAACCAAACUGUCCGCCGCUAAACUGCACCUCAAGAGUCUCUUUGGACAGGUGGGUCAGAGUCCUCAUUCCUCACACUCCAACCUGGCCAACACAGAGCACAAAGAGAGUGUCACAGAGAGGAGGUCUCGCCUGCUCUUCAUGCGUCAGUGGAGUCAGGUGGGCCACGGUAAGAGGAGCAGGAUCAGUCGGGAGGAGCUGGAGAACUGGGCCGAGUCCCUGAACGCUCUGCUGGACAGCCAAACUGGUGUCUCGGUGUUUGGAGCAUUCCUGCGCUCAGAGUUCAGCGAGGAGAAUCUGCAGUUCUAUCUGGCCUGUGAACAGUACAAACAGUCGUCCAACAACUUCAGCCUGCACCGGAGGGCCAAGGACAUCAGCGCCACCUACAUCCAGCCCGGCGCCCCCCGCGAGGUGAACCUGGACAGUAAGACCAGAGACCUGACCAUCCAGCUGCUGCAGGCUCCGUCUCACACCUCGCUGUCCCACGCACAGAAGCGUAUCUACUCUCUGCUGGACACAGACUGUUAUCCUCGCUUCCUGCAGUCCGACGUCUACCUCUCCUUACUCCGAGAGGCCGACUAGGAGCCGCCAUGUUGACGACACACCUGGACUCAGGAGGAGGAACAGCGGCUCAGUGGUUUCCAGAGCUUCCUAAACAUUAACGACAAUAAACUUAAACAUGUCGUCAGAAGACGGAGUGUAGAGAUGAAACUAGGAGCAGAAGCUGAUGCCCGUUGGACACUGUAGAACAUAAUUUAAUAUAUGUUCUCCUCAAGAGAUGUUAAUUUUAAUAUUUCAUGUUUCCCCUGCUGAUAGUCUCUAUGCUAAGCUAAGCUAAGCUAAGCUAACCAGCUAAGCUAACCACGUCCUGACACCUGCUCCUUCACUGAACACACACAUAUUCGAUUGAUAUGAUCCUUUCAUCAAAAAAAAGAAAUUACUAUAAAGUUAAACUGUUCUUUACUUGGCUUCUCGUUGGCUCUGAGAAUGUGGAAAAUCAGACGGGGCAGUUUUGUGUCCCUCCCUCCACAUGACCCGUGCAACUCUGCAGCGCUGGUUGUAAUGAUUAAACAUCCUCCCUGUGAGCGGCGAGCGUCCCCACGGUCCAGUGAACCCGUCUGAGUUUCCUCUGCUGACAGAAAGGAAAAACAAGUUCAGCAAGAAUGAGCUCUUUGCUGCUAAAGGUCAAAGUACGACGUGACUUACUUUUAUAGUAAAGGUGGGAAACCUGAGCAAAUGGACUCGGCAGGUGAAACAACUACGUGGCAACAGGAAGUUGGGAUCAGUCAUCGUCUAAACACACAAAGACAAACUGUGUAUGACACAAUGGCCUCAGAAACACUCCGUAAUCUAAGUAGGUUGUUUUUAAUGAGAAUGUUGAGCAGCGUUUCCUGGACUGUUGAGUCUGAGAGGAUGAGACACCUUCAUCAUGAGGAAGACCACUGUUAAAGAAACGGAGAAGUGAUUGAGAGUUUGGAAGAGAAAGAAAUAAAAUCCUGAUUUUGUA